GUGUAAACACCAUGUGUAAAACAUCAAUAAAUAUUAUUAUUAUUACUAUUAUUAUUACUCUAUUUUCUAGCUUCCUCAAUAGCAAAAAACUUAGCAAUAGUGUCGGAUUUAGUAUAGGCACACUAUCGAUUGCGCUAUAUCGGCAACUGUCACUUUAGGUACAUCAAAUAUAUUGCUAAAUUUCUUUUGAAUGUUCAUUGAUAUUUAUAAUAUAUAGAUAUUCCUGUAUUCCAGGAUCCAUACCGAUUGACGGCUAAAGACACAUUCAUUUAUUUGUGUGUUUCCUCUUUUUUAUUGUGUUUACCGCAUUUUUUCAAAUGUAUUUGUAAAAAGGUAUUAAUUUCAGUUUGACCGGCUGGCUGGCCGCAAAUGGGGGCUCGUAGAAUAACGCUUGUAGAACGACAAGGAGUAUCGUCUAGCGGAGCCAUGUAAUUAACAACUUUAGGGACGAGAUUACAUGAUGUGGGGUCGGCGGCACCUGGGCGCCAUCCCCUAGCGUACGUGGGUUUACUAACGUGGUGAUUUUUCAGUUUUUUUCCUUCUUUAGUUUCGGUCCGAUUGUUCUCAAACUGGUGCCGUCGGAAAGACCUUAUAAACGCGCACAACUCUGAAUUUUUGUUAGGGGCGAAAUUAACCACCCUUUGCAAGGCGUGCAACUUUGAGAGGUAGUUGACUUUCGGUUUCUCUUUCUCGUGUCUCGAGCUGUGAGAAGUGUCCCAAAAAUUGAGUACUAUUUUGUGAAGGCUUUUUAGCGAAAUCGACCAAACUGCGAAUUGUGGGGGAAGGAAUGUGGUAGCACCCGCCACCCGGCAAAAUCUUACUUAUGGUGGAGUCAAAAUUUCAAACGCGAAUUGGGGAUGAACGACACGUCGGAAGUGAGUACAAAGGAAAUGCCAGGGCUGCUUUUGCUUUUGCGAUAUAGGCAUUUCAUUUCAGUCGAUUUGGGGACGGUUUUUCAUGUUUCAGUUAAACUCAUUUGAUAGACUUUGUGUGUAGGUUUGUUUCCGAACAAACUGUCAGGUAGAGUAAACGGUCACAUCAAAGAUCGGCAAGUACCUUUUAUAUUCAGUGUAAUCUAUUACAUAAAAUGCAAUUUUCACUGUGCGUUUCUUAAUUGACGCCGAACAAGCUCCUUACUUUUUAUUAUUUAACACAACACUCCACGUUAUAAAUAAUAACGCGAACGUGAAUGAAAAGUGGUAGCAAUUCAUUAAAAUGCAAAUAACUAUGGCCAAACGAAUAAUGGCAACAUAAAUAUUGUUCAAGCUUGACUUUUGGCAGAUUCAUAAAUAACUGGAAAUCAAAGAUAAAACUCAACUUCAGCUACGAAUUAUUUUUAUAUAUUACUUUGUAUACCUAACGCUUUUUUCUCACAGGUAUUUUCGCACGCUAAAGCGUACUUUAGCAUUAGCGAUAAUGUAUUUAACGGAGAACCUGUACACUUUUCGUACAUGCCCGAUUUAGUUCUUGAUCAUGCACGUAACGUUACUAUUAAGCUUCAUCACCGCAUUGGACGUUUCCUAAAACUCCAGCUUUACUUCGCCGCUCAAUGGAUUUUGCUCAGUGAGAUUUCGUUUCACUCCGCAGCACAGCAGCAAGAUCACGAUCUCAUUCCAGCAGUGGUGAGUGGAAAUUUUACAGAAUGGGAGGAAGACGUCGAGAUUCCCGAUACGGGUAGAGAAUAUCCACUGCAAAAAGACGAAGUGGAAGUUACAUCUACCAAAACUGGCCGUAAUACUGCCGGAGCACCCAUAAAAACGGAUUCGAACGAGGACUCGAAGCAAUAUAUUGGUUUUGUUAUUGGUGUACUCGCCGUAGUUAUAUUGAUACUUACGGCAGCUAUUGUUUUCAUAGUCUACAGAAAUCAUAGACUGAAGCAAGUUACGGCGGAACCGAGCAAUUUUAACGUGGAAAAUCGAAUGGACUGCGAACUGAAGAUGGACAUGAACGACGAUGAAAUUGAUAAAUCAAUUGAGCGCGAGGAACCGAUUCGUGCCAGUGCAUACGGCGCCCACCUUAGUCCAAUGUAUACAGAUGUUCCAGACAUCGUCCGCAAAAACUGCAACUUAGAGGACUACGUGAUCGCUCCACUAAAUGCGAAAUCGCCCUCGCUGAGGAGCCCUCAAUCUUUGUUGAACUUCUUCCCUCAACCGCCUCCGAUUCCUCCACCGCCCGAAAUGUACUCGGCAAAUCCAAAAAUCUACCUACCCCUCGAAGGUCACAAACCAAUUCCAUCCGCGCCAUUACUAACGCCCACAUCUCAAAGGUCAUCAGAUAGCAGAUCGAGUCGCCGCUUCAUAUUGCCCCAGAGCAUGGAGAAGGACGAUUUUUCGGCCGUACGCGAGGAGGACAUCGACAUUGUAGAGUUCCCGCGGGAGCAACUGCGUGUAAUAGAAAAACUAGGCGACGGACUCUUCGGCGAGGUACACCUGUGCGAAGUGCAGUGGCAUUUAAAUAAUGUGAUUAACAGUGAUUGUAAGUUCGUCAUGAUACAGUCCUUAAAGGACGACUCGUAUCGAACGUCAUUUAACAAAGAAGUGCGUGUACUGUCGAAACUUAAAGACCCUAAUGUUGCUCAAUUGUUAGGUGCAUGCUUAGAUUACGAACCCUACUUUUCAGUUAGAGAACAUUCAGAAUUGGGUGAUUUAUGUCAAUUUCUACAGGACCAUGUUGCUGAAACUGCAACACCGUUAGCGUCAGCUGCAAGUACACUGAGCUACGGGUGUCUUAUCUACAUGGCGACGCAAAUUGCAUCAGGCAUGAAAUAUUUAGAGUCCAUGAGAUUUGUACACAAAGAUCUGGCUACUAGGAAUUGCAUAGUAGGAAAACAGUAUAGGAUAAAAGUCUCAGACUUGGGUUACGGGAGGACUUUGUAUAUCAACGACUACUGCAUCAUUGCUGAAUCAAGACCGCUUCCGUUAAGGUGGAUGGCGUGGGAAAGCAUCUUGCUGGGCAAGUACACAUCGAAAAGUGACGUGUGGUCCUUCGCCGUCACGCUCUGGGAAAUUCUAUCCUUCGCACGGGAGCAGCCCUUUGAAGAGUUCAACGACUCCAAGGUGCUGGAAAACGUAACCUGCUACUAUCAAGAUAAUGGACGGCAUAUUUUAUUAAGCGUCCCGAUCAACUGCCCGAAGGAGAUCUACGACCUGAUGUGCGAGUGCUGGCAGAGGAACGAAUCGGACAGGCCAACGUUCCGAGAGAUACACCUCUUUUUGCAGAGGAAAAACUUGGGAUACCAUCCCGAAUUGAACUGACGGUGGCUUUUCUUUCUACCAACGACAAUAAUGUAGAAUAUGUGAUAUAACUUUAAUUUGCAAUUCUAAAUUUGUUUUUUACUUAAGUGUACCUUAACGGCGAACGCCCCUCUAGAAGCUACCUACAAUCUUUCGAAAUUAUGUCCUGACAGCACACUUCUUUCAGUUAAGGUACGUAAGUGCCAGUCUGUGUGCCUUCUAUCCUUGCUGCUAACUUGCUUCCUACAAGUGCAUUAAAUUAAUACGCCUCUCGUCAGCUUCCGAUUCCAAAAGUUAAUAAUGUAGAUGUUAAUCUUGUUAUUGGUGUUGGAUUGUAAACAAUACUUUAUCCAUAUAGAAGCCAAUCAUUUUCAAAGCUACGAAUAUCGUUAAAUAUAUAAUGUAAGAAAAUGCUACUCGGCGCUUUCAAUAAAAUUUACGUAAAAUUAUGUACCAAGCAAAUUAUAUACAAAGAAAGCAAUCAUAUCGGUUAAAUAAAUCAAAACCUCUAAUCUUUGUAAAUAUAACAUUACACGUAAGGUAUGUAAUUUGUCUUUUGUACAUUAACAUUGUUAUUAUUCUUACUAUGGACCAAUUUAAAAUAAAAUCGUAAAAAUCGU